AUGAGUAAAGAGCCAUUGGAGAGUGCAGUUAGGCCACCAAGCGCUAGCAACAACCCUAAUUACAACAGACUUUCUGCUAUGAUCGAGAAUUACAGCUUACAUGAGAGUUUGGAUGAUGAAAUAUAUAUGCCAAGCAAGGGAAUAGAUUCUGCUGAAAGGGCAUCUCCACAAUUGUCAUAUACAUCUAACGAUCAAAAUGUGGCAUUCUUCAAUACGUAUGGGUCCCCUCAGCCUUCUCCAGAUGGGAAUCGUUUACAAUUAAACGGUCAAUCGCCAGGAAACAGAGAAAGCAUAAUAUCGGCUUAUUCAGGCACUGUCCAUGAAGGUGUUCCAGUCUCCUAUAUAGUCAAAAAUAACAGUACUACCGCUGUGAAGAAGGAGAAUUUUGAAGAGCCAGCUUUACCGCCCUUCCCUACUAAGAGCGAAUGGUCAGCUGCAUCAGCAGAUGCAUUGUCUGAAUUAACAACAAAACCAGUAGGAAACUCUAUUGAUACGGAAGAACCUCAGGUUUCGUUAAAGAAAGAACAGAUUGGGCAACCAGCUGAAACAGAUACGACUCCUACUUUAGAGAAAAACAACUCAUUAAAACUUGUAUCUAUGGAGAUGUCCCAUCAGAAGGUCCCUUCAUCAAUCGCAUCAGGUAAUCUAGCAAGCGAAAGUGGACAUUCCUAUAACGCAUCUGCCACAAGUAAUUCGGGAUCCAGCAUGGUAAAUUUGGACCAUACCUCGCAAUAUGGUGCUACUGGUAACAGUGGUGACUGUCAACAUCUAUCUCAACUUGAAACGACGACAAUUAAAGAGGAAUCGUACGAUGAGCAACAACAAACUCCAGUUUCUGAUUAUAAUAACAUCCCCAAGGUCAAUGUCACAGAAGCAAUUUCGGACACUACACCACUAAACAUAUCACAGGCUCCAAGCCAGCAAGAUAUAUCUCAGGUAUCCGAAAUCAAAUCAAUUGCUUCGAGUAUAUUACCACCACUAGAAACUCAAGUUAACAGUAAGAAGACCGCUGGUGCUGAACCAGAACUUGAAAUCAUAUCAGACUUACAUCCAACAGUACCACCAAGAAGCGCAAGAAGGCCCAAGUCACAUAUAUUUAUCAAGGAAAGUUUAGAUGAUAUUCAGAAUCAACUUGCAAAGGAGAUGGGGAAAGGUCACAGUGCCAGUGCAAGCCGGAGUGAGAGACAUUCAAGACAAAGCAGUGUGAGAUCUGAAAGUUUCUUCUCUGCUACUGAGCAAGAUGAUACCAUGGGACCACAGGAGGAUGGAUACACUACUAGGCCACUACCUUCUAUUCCAAGCUCAUCAUCGUCAAGAUUGGAGACCCCAGAGAACCAAAUCACACAACAACCGAAUGACCAGGCAGUGUGCAAUGUAAAAGAUCCAGAAGAUGAUGAUGAUUACGAGGACAUAGUAGAGAAAGGUGCUGAUUCCACUAAAGCUGCCUCAUCAGUAAGGACUCCACAAAGUAAGCUGCCAAAGGCUCCCAAGAAAGGCCAUUCGAAGACCAGAUCCAAAUCUCACCAACGUCAAGGCCAAAACCAAAGCCACAAUCAAACCAAAAAAAUCGGAUCCAAACACAACAAAGAACUAAGAUCCUUCGAUAUAGAUACUAUCUCACAACUAUUGAAUGUUACAAAGGGAACCCUGAUAGGGUCAGAAUUCUCUAACCUUGGUAUGAAGAUCGAAGAGAAAAGAGCUCUUGAAAGAUUGGUCGAUUCUCUCUCUAGAUUGACUGCAGAUAUGGUUCUGGAUCCAGAAAAGUACCAAGAAGGUUUAAGAAGACUUGAAAGAGCUACUAAAGCCCUUGAUGGGUUUUGA